GCGAGCGGCUCCGCCGGAGCCGGGCAAGUCUCGGAGCCGAGCAGCCGCCAGCUCAGCGCAGCCGCCGCCGGUGGCACCAUGAGGGCCGUGCUCUGGGACCUGCUGCUGCUGUGGCUCUGCGCCCGCGCGCGCAGCGACUGCCGCGGGGACUGCCUGCACUGCGACCGCCAGCUCUACCGCGACAGCUUCGACGUCCUCAUCUGCAUCCUGGAGUGCGAAGGCCAGGCCGUGCCCCGCGCCACCUGGGAGCUCUGCGCCGCCGCCGGCCGGGCGGCGCCGCGGCCCCGCCGCCUCUCGGGCCGGCCCUGGCCCUCGGGCGAAGCGCGCCUCCCGACGCCGAGCGGGGCCGCGCCGGGAGCCUGGGCGCGGCCCGGCCGCGAGGAGGACGAGGAGGAGGAGGAGGACAUUUCCCGGCGGCCGGGAGCGGGCCGCGCGGCCAAGGGGGUGCAGAAGAGGUACGGGGGCUUCAUCGGGGUGCGCAAGUCGGCGCGGAAGUGGAACAACCAGAAGAGGUUUAGCGAGUUCCUGAAGCAGUACCUGGGCAUGGCGCCGCGCUCCAGUGAGUACGGCCGCGGCGGCGCCGGCGACGCCAACGAGAUCUAAGCGGGAUCCAACCCUCCACACCCCGCCCGCCACAUCCCAUGGGUGCCAUCCUACAAGGGGGCCAUCACCGAGAGAAAAACAAACCAAAACGCGGAAAAACGGCUCGGAAACGCCAGCGCCGGCCGGCCACCGGGAGG